AUGGGGCGGCUGCUUACCCUGUCCCGGAUACCGAAGAUGGUGAUGGUGGUUUCUUGGUUCAUUACUGCUAUGGCGGACAGCUCGGAAGCAAGAGAAUGCUUUGAAUGUCACAGCAAUGCCACCUGCCUGGAGGACGGGGUGGUCACCACCUGCACCUGCUUGGCGGGCUUCACCGGCAAUGGCCUCCAGUGCUCGGAUCUGGAUGAAUGCGCCAGCCCAGGAGCACACAACUGCUCCGCCAACAGCAGCUGCGUCAACACGCAGGGCUCCUACACAUGUGUCUGCCUCGACGGCUUCCGCGAGACGCCCGGGCAAGGCUGCACAGAUAUAGAUGAGUGUAAGGAGCCAGGUCUUAACCGCUGCCACGCCUUGGCCACCUGUGUCAACAGCGAGGGCAACUACUCCUGCGUGUGUCCAGAGGGCUACCUUGGGGACGGAUUCAACUGUGAAUGCUCGCCAGGCUCCUGCGGCCAUGGGCUGGAAUGCUUGCUCCAGGGCACCCAGCAUGUUUGCGUUGAUCCAUGCCAGGCGUACAGCACCCUGGAUCAGUACUGGCGCAGCUCCCAUUACGGGACCGGUUAUUCUUGCGACACCGAUCUGAAUGGCUGGUACCGCUUUGUGGGCCACGGUGGCGUGCGCCUGGCAGAGACCUGCGUGCCCUCGCUGCGCUGCAAUACAGCUGCACCCAUGUGGCUCAACGGCUCUCACCCGUCCAGCAACGAGGGCAUUGUGACCCGCUUGGCCUGCGCGCACUGGAGUGGCAACUGCUGUCUGUGGCACACCCAGAUCCAGGUGAAGGCCUGUACUGGCGGCUACUACGUCUACAACCUGACACCAGCCCCUGAGUGCCACCUGGCAUACUGCACAGACCCCACCUCCGUGGAGGGAACGUGUGAGGAAUGCGGUAUUGACGAGGACUGCAAGUCUGACAACGGCAGGUGGCACUGCCAGUGCAAACAGGACAACAUCACAAAUCUUAGACAGCUGGAGCACAAGGUGGAGUGUGGAGUCAGUAACAUCAAGGUGUCACUGAGCAAGUGCCAGCUGAGGAGCCUGGGGUUCCAGAAGAUCUUCAUGUACCUACGUGACAGCAAGUGCUCUGGCUUCGAGGAGAGAGGCGUCCGGGACUGGAUGUCCAUCGUGACUCCAACCCAGGAAGGCCCCUGCGGGACUGUGAUGACGAGGAAUGCCACCCAUGCCACCUACAGCAACAUACUCUACUUGUCCGAUGAGAUCAUCAUCCGUGACUACAACAUCAAAAUCAACUUUACCUGCUCCUACCCCCUGGACAUGAAAGUCAGCCUAAAGACAACCUUACAUCCUGUGGUCAGUUCCUUGAACAUCAGCAUGGGAGGGACAGGCAUGUUCACCGUGCAGAUGGCGCUCUUCCAGGAUGCUACCUACACGCAGCCCUACCAAGGCUCCUCGGUGACCCUGUCCACAGAAGCCUUUCUCUACGUGGGCACCAUCCUGGAUGGGGGUGAUGUGUCGCGCUUUGCACUCGUGAUGACUAACUGCUAUGCUACACCCAGCAGCAAUGCCACAGACCCCAUAAAGUACUUCAUCAUCCAGGACAGAUGCCCACACUCUAGGGACUCAACCAUCCAAGUGGUGGAGAACGGGAUGUCUCCGCAGGCCCGAUUUUCCGUGCAGAUGUUCCGGUUUGCAGGAAACUUCGACCUGGUCUACCUGCACUGUGAGGUGUAUCUCUGCGACAUCAUCGAGGAGGAGUGCACGCCUACCUGUACUGGAACCAGAGUUCGAAGUGGGGGUUCCAUUGACCAGUCCCGGGUCCUGAACUUGGGUCCCAUCACACGGCAAAAUCUCCAGGCUGUAGUCUCGGGGGCUGCUUCCAGCAGCAUGGGGCUCUUCAAAGUCUGGCUGCCUCUUCUUCUCACGUCCAUCUUGACCCUGGCAGUUCAGUGA